AUGCCUGUGGAUUUGGACUCAUCGGUAAACCUCGAUCCUAACAAAGAUGGGGUAUACUGGGGACAUGGACCGAUACUGCAUGGUGUGAGAGCCCGUGUGGGUCGUCAUCCAUAUCUUUUGGAGUUUGGAGCUCUGAUCACUCAUCCAGAACAAUAUGGAUGGGUUCCGGCGGAUAAGAAGGAUAAGAAGACCAUAACGUUCAAAGAAAAAGUCAAGCACUUCUUGGCCAAGCACUUCUUGGCCAAGCACAAAGAAUAG